UUGGCCAAACUGCACCUGGAUGGACCUCUGAAACAGGUGAAGCAUCAGGGAUUUCCCUUAUUAUAUAUCAGCUGUUUUGCUGGCUUCAUUAUUCAAGGUGCUUUCCAGAAUCAUCAUCGGUAGCAUCACCUCUAUAAUAACAACACUGCCGUGUCUGUUUGAUCCAAACACUCUGCAUCAAUCACAGACUCUUGUGAGCCUCUCUCCUUACCUAAAGACAGUUUGCUCUCAGAUUUGGCAGCAUGAGGUUGUUUUGCUUGGUACUGAUGGCUCUGUGCAUGGUGGCUAGAACAGGAAGUAUGUCCACGUGCAAAACACUGGACCUGGAGGUAGUGAAGAAGAAACGGAUAGAGGCCAUCCGCGGUCAGAUCCUCAGCAAACUGCGCAUGGACAAAGAGCCCGAAUCAGAGAAAGACAGUGAAGGACAGAAGAUCCCAGAUACCAUGAUUUCUCUGUACAACAGCAGUGUUGAACUGAGCGAAGAAAUGAAGAUGAAGCCCAUUUCUGUGCAAGCUGAAAAUGAAGAUUACUUUGGCAAGGAGGUGCACAAGUUCGUCAUCCGGCAAGUUCAGAAUGGCACAAAGCAUCAGAUGACUUUUAAUGUGUCAGAGAUGAAGCAGAGGAUUCAAAACUACCAGCUGCUGUCUCAAGCAGAGUUUCGGCUUCGGAUUAAGAAUCCUACAAUGGACCAGGAGCAGAGGCUGGAGCUGUAUCGUGGAACGGGCGAUCAGGCUCGAUAUCUGGGCACUCGCUUUGUCUCCAAAGACUUGUCCAAUCGUUGGCUCUCGUUUGACGUGAAACAGACCAUGAUAGAAUGGCUGCAGGGUUCAGAAGAGGAAGAAAGUUUAGAGCUGAGGUUAUACUGUGGCUGUAAAACAGACCAACAGAGUAAUGAUAAAUUCCUCUUCAGUAUAUCAGGACUAGACAAGCAGAGAGGUGACACUGCUGUUCUGGAACACAUGAUGGCAAAGCCUUAUAUUCUGGCUUUAUCUUUGCCUUCUAAUGGCAUCUCCCCUGCAUCCGCUCGCAGGAAACGAGCUGUUGGUACUGAUGAAACUUGUGAUGAAAAAACCGAGACCUGCUGUAUGCGGAAGCUUUACAUUGACUUUCGGAAAGAUCUGGGUUGGAAGUGGAUCCACAAGCCGAAGGGAUACUUUGCCAACUACUGCAUGGGCUCCUGUACCUACAUCUGGAAUGCUGAGAACAAAUACUCUCAGAUAUUAUCCUUGUACAAACAUCACAACCCUGGUGCAUCGGCUCAGCCAUGCUGCGUACCUGAAGUCUUCGACCCUCUGCCCAUUCUGUACUAUGUGGGAAGACAACACAAGGUGGAGCAGUUGUCCAACAUGGUGGUGAGGAGCUGCAAGUGCAGUUAGAGUUCAUCUGGCUGCAUAAAAUUAUGUUAUCUUCAGAAGUGCUCCGUGGCUUUAUAUCUUUCUCUGGACGAAAAGUAAGCAAAUACACAGAGAGAUAGACGUAAAGUCUCGGAAGGAAAAUCAGGAGCUAAGACAAUGGACAGGAGAAAGGAGAAGGGACAAUUGGGCAAAAAUGGAAGCAAAAGCAAAGAGGGAAAAAUACUUUCUCAAUGAUGCCCCUCUACAGUGGCACACAAAGACAUUUUGUUAAAGCAUUUCAUAAAACAAGCUCAAUAUUAAACCAAGUAUAUGCUUUUAAAUGUUUAUUUACAUUAUCAGUUCCCAUUAAUUUAUUGUGCUUUCUAAGUUCAUCAUUUGAUUGUACCAUGAAGGCAGCCGUGUAGCAUUGCAUGCCAAAUGUUCAAUGAAGAUUUCCAAUGGUGCUGAACUGAUAGAGGAAAUCAUGUCAAAGGAACAUUUCAAAUUUCAAUUAAAAGUAAACACAUAAAAGAGAAGUGUUUGCACUAAAUGAUGAAAGUAAAGGCUCAUGACGUGCAGUAUGAGACUUACAAGAAAGCUAAUGGGAUUGGAGAAUGGGUCAAUGAACUGCUUUAUAUAUAUUUUUUAUGUGCGCAGUAGGUUUUAUUGUCAUGCACAGCUGUGCUUUGAAGCCUGUUUAUGUGAACAUGGUCUGAGUGGAACACUAGAGGUAAAGGAUUGAAUGGUGAACAUUUCAAACUUCAUAUUGCACUGUAUGCACUCUACGGUGUGUCACGGGAAAAUGUCUGCCUCUUCAGGUCCUCCCAUAGUAGGGUUUGUUAGCAAUCUCAGCGAAACACGUCUGGGACACAUUUCACAUAUAUGAAAUAAAAUAAUUUCACACAAA